AUGAUCCCGGGCAAUCCCGUGAAGUCCAUCGGGCUUAUGCGAUGGGUGUAUUCGCGGAAGAAUGCAAAAACAAAGCAAUGGACAAAGCAAUCGGGUCGCUGGCUCCAGAGACUUAUUCAACUCAUGAACGCCUGGAUCAUACGCAGACCAGCCAGUCUAACUAAGCUUCCUCCCCUUGAGAGAACACAAUGGACAUUCUCGCUCAAUGCCAAUGAAGAGAGAGAAUCUAAUUACCACUACGGUAAAUACAUAACGGCGAUAAACAUUCAUUCAAACGACAAAGGCCCGGGCGACGGUAACAAUAAAAUGACUCCCCCACGGGGCCAUCUCGCAAAGGCUUCUCAACACUCCUACCACCCGCGAUUGGCCGAAAUCAUGGCUAAGCUGAAAAUCACCACAAGAAAGCAGGGCAUAGAUAAUGCCGUGGAAUAUGAGGUUACACCAGAGCAAGCGAAGGCAUUGUCCAAGUGUUUGAAGGAAAUUAAGAAAAACAAUAACUGGAUGUCCUCCAGGAUCAUGGCCAAGAUUGAGGCAUUCGACUUCUUCCGGCAAAAGGACCCCAGCACAAAUCUUCUCAUCAUCGCAGAAUCGGUUUUCUAUCUCGAAAUUGUCGCGGUUGCAUUUGAUGAAUGGUAA